CGGACUGUCAAAAUGACAUAGUGGUAAACACAGUAAGGUGAGUCUCGAUUGAUUUUUUACAGCUUGUUAUCGGCACCCGUUUCACCACAAGCCAAUACCAGGACGGAUUCACUGCUUCAUGAUGGUUAUGACUUGAUGAAGCCACAAAACAUCUCCAUCCGAUGACCUCACAGCCACCCGAUGGGCCAAAAGAACACAAAUGAUAAAGUUGAUGGUUAAUUUCGACAUCAUCUACUUCCCUGAACAUUUCAGUCUGAGCAGAGAGAUUUACAGUGUUUUUUCUUGCCCUACGUGUGUCUUUCUGGCUAAGGAACGUGGUUUGCCACCCAAAUUGGCUCAGUCUGUGGAGUCCCAGGCUACUGCCAGUCCUGUUUAGCUCUGGCAUAAAGCCUCAGUAGCUCUCCCCUGAGAAGUAGUUUACUCCCCCCCCCCCCAGAGCUAGUGGCACACCAUUGCAAAGGAAGACCGUAACCCUGGAUGAAAGCCCUGUCUUGAGGGGGAGAGUUUGUGAAGCCUGCAGGGUGCUUGGAUCUUCCUCACCCCUUCUUAGCUUGUCAAACUUUGACCAGCCGAGAGCUAGUUUGCUUUGUUGGACAUGUAGAUGCUGCUAACGGGGUUUUUGUGCCCAUUUAGGAAGACCAUCUAGUUGUGACACUUAUAGCUCAGAGGACGGCCCAUCCAUGGAGGGUCUCGAGCAGCUUGACAUGGUGGGCGAUAUCAGCCCCGCUCUUGAGGCCACUGAGGACUUCAUCCACUGCAUGGAUCGGAUUCAAGGCCAAGGGCCGAGCCAAGCUCAAACAGGGACCCUCCAGCCUUCCAGGCAGCCUAAGCAGCUGCAGGAAGUAUCCAGCGCCGCACUGGGGAAGCUGAGCUCCAGCGGUGUGUGGAGCCUGCUGGCUGGAGAGCAGCCAGAGGUCGGGCCUCUAGGCCUGGCCUGGGCUGACAACUUCAGCAUGUUGGGGCUGGGAAUGGGCUUGAGGCAUGGCAAGAGAAGCCGAGCCCGCUCCACCAACGACCUUGCAGCCCACACCAAGGAGUGCACCAACAACACCGCCAACUCCUCGUCCAGCGCAGCCUUUAAGAAGGGACACAACCGGUCCAGGUCAGACGUCAACUACCGGCCGUCUGCAUACACAGACAACGGACUGCCCACUGUGGACUGCAACACUCUGAAGAACAUGAUCCUCAACCACCAGCAGGAUGUUGAUAAAAGCAGCAGUAGCAGCAGCGUGGUGAAGCAGGGUGCGAUGGAGCAGCGUGAGGGGCCCCGGGGCCGAUGGACACCCUGCCACGUUGAGCUGACACCCUGUGAGCUCCGGCUGUACACUCUGGACAGCAGCGCCAACCGCCAGCUGGGCACCGCCUACUCUCUGUCACACUGCCAGAGCGUCAUCUCCCCGGCACCCAGCAGCCAGCCAGGCCAGAUCACCCAGCCCGUCGAUCAACGCACGCUCCAGGCUUUGUUCUUCAACAGCACGCGUCUUCAGCUGAGGGCAGCCAACCAAUGGGAGGCCAUGGAGUGGAGGCGGCUGAUGUGGGAGAAGGUGCAGGCGGCCAGAAAUGUGAGGCAGGAGAACCACCAGCGUAAGACCGGAGUGGAAAAGCAACAGGUCGUCAAGUUUCCUGCACCCAUGUCACCCUCCUCGUCGCCCUCUCCAUCAGGGCUCGACACCAGGCCUGAUGGUGACAGCGACACUCCCACCUCAGCAGAGGCGUCACUCUCUCUCCAGCCUAGUUCUGGCGUCCUGAGCAGACCCACCACCCUGCCUCUGUUCACCCAACGCUGCCAGGACAUCCUCAGAGCAGGUCUGCUCCACCAGCUGAUGGAUCAGAACAACUGGCGGGCCUUUACCUUCGUCUUGACCAGAUCUGCUCUCCGGGCCUUCCCUACUGAGGGCCGUGGGUCUGUGUCUCAGCCUGUCCUCCAGUACUCCCUGGCUUCCUGCUUGGCAGUUCAGCACGAUCAGGAGCCAGAGAACGGAGAGCCGUGGACAGAUAGAGGGGACUGCUUCCAGGUCGUUUUCCCCAAAGUGGUAGUCAGACUUAGGGCGGAUGAUCAGCUCAAAGCCCAGGAGUGGGUGGAGGCCCUGCGGGAGGCGGCCAGAGCGCAGAGGCCUGCCCAAGAAGAAGGGGGGGAGUCAGGAGAAGGCGCUCCAGGCCUCCAGGGAGUGCUGCUGAGAUCAAAACCAACCAGGGAUAGGAGACAGCGGGAGGCUCAGAGAGCCAAGCGGCAGUCAGUCACCACCAGUUUCCUCAGUAUACUCACCUGCUUGGCUGUGGAGAAGGGGCUCACUGCUCAGAGCUUCAGGUGUGCAGGUUGUCAACGUCCAAUCGGUCUUUCCAGAGGCAAGGCAAAGGUCUGCUACUACAGCGGCUGGUACUACUGCCAGAGCUGCCAUCAGGACAACUCCUUCCUCAUCCCGGCACGCUUGCUGCACAACUGGGACACCAGCAAGCACAAGGUGUCCAAACAGGCCAAGGAGUUCCUUGAGUUUGUGUAUGAGGAGCCUCUGCUGGACGUCCAGCAGCUCAACCCUUGUCUGUAUGAGCACUGUGAGCCUCUCAGCAUUGUGCUGCGUCUCCGUCAGCAGCUCCAGUCACUGCGGGCCUACCUGUUCAGCUGCCGAGCAACUGUUGCUGAAGACCUCAGACGAAGGAUCUUCCCCAGGGAAUACCUGUUACAGCACAUCCACCUAUACUCCAUGGCUGACCUGCAGCAGGUGAUUGAUGGAAAACUGGCUCCCUUCUUGUCCAAGGUGAUCAAGUUUGCCAGUUCCCAUGUUUUCAGCUGCAGUUUGUGUCGAGAGAAAGGCUUCAUCUGUGAGCUCUGCCAAAACGGGCAGGUCAUCUACCCCUUUCAGGAGAGCGCCACAAAGAGGUGUGACGGCUGUGGCGCUGUGUUCCACGCAGAGUGUCGACAGAAAGCUCAGCCGUGUCCUCGCUGCGUUCGCCGAGAACUCCACCACAAGAGGCCGUCCUCCUUCUGGUCACCUGACGACGACAGCCCCGGGUGCUUUCACCUGCCCUACCAAGACACCUGAGAUGCACACAAAAGCAGUAACAAUGAGGGCGCUGCCAGGCCAUGAUGCUGGACAAAGUGCCUGUUAUUCUGAUUUGUAUGCGAGACCAGAACAAAUUAUUUGACCAGAGGACGAACCCAGAGCGUCUGAUGCAUCGUCAGGUUUGUGUUUGUGUGUGUGUGUGUGUGUGUGUGUGAAGUGUGCUAAGCCCCCUUUGUUUUACUGUAAAGAGCAGGGAGCAAACCAACUGAAGAACUGCUGCAUCAGGCUUUUUGGACUGAACUACUUGUAUUUUAACAUCACACUUCAAGGUCAUCCUCGGCCGUCUUCAUCCCUUUACCACAUCACUUUCACUUAUUCAAGGGGUUAAAACUGUAAAAUCACAGCUGGUAAACUGGAGGAAUUAAAACUAACAGUUGGAACAUUUUGGUGGUUUAUCAUUACCAGCGUCUUCCGCCUGCUAUUAAACUCGGUCAUGCUUAAGUUUAGUCAAUGACCAGAAGUUUGGUAAUUGAUUUAUUGAACCACCGAAACGUUCACUGAAUGUGAAGAUUAGCUUUUGGUUUUGAACUGUUGGUCAAACUAAAUAAGCAAACUGAAAAUGUCUCCUCUGCCUCUGGGAACAUGUGAUCUUUGUUUAGAGACUUCAUGAUUUAUUGAAAAAUAGAUGAUUAAUACAUGAUGAAAAUAAUUAUUAGCCCUACUCAUGUUAAAUACUCUACCCCAAGCCAUUUCAGUAUGAAACUCACACACUGAAGCCUUGAAACAUGGCUGUAAAAUGUUUGUAGUCUUUACAGAGAACAGCAGCUGUUGUCAACUUGGAUUCAUGUCAGUUACAAUUAAUCAAAUAUUAAAGGGUACGUUCACAUGUUUUCAAGUCUCUUAAAACAGUAGCUAUGUGCUCAUGAGCAGUGAAACAGGUUUUACUUGCUGUAAUCUUCCCUCCUGUUCAUACUGUCCUUUAAAAGAUCCCUUUCUUAAGCGAUUUCAAUGUAAGUGAUGGGGACAAAAUCCAGACAUGGAGGCUUCAGUCUCAAGUCAGGUUUCCAUCCACAUAUAGCGCAAAUUUUAACUGACAAUCAGCAAGAGAAAAUGCAAAUGAAUGCAUCCACUACCAUUAUGUGAAUAUUCGAAGUUUAUGCUUUGAGCUAAAUCUCUACUCAGGUGCGAUUAAAUAUUGCAGAAGAAGAAGGCACAAUGAGAUGAUGCACCUCAUGAUUUAUUUUCAUUACACUUUCACUAACUUUUCCACCUCAGCCAAGCGUAAAACUAUUUGUGAUUUUUCAGCGUUUUCAUUAAGAUUUUUUUAUGCACAAACUGAAAAUGUGCAUUGGAAACGCACCUUAGUCAGUCGGAGAGUAAUUCAGUUUGGUCAUUUUUCAAGCAAAAACGUCAAUCGUUUGUUUCCAGCUCUUUAAAUUUGAGAAUUACCUGCUUUUCCGUGUCUCCCUUUACAGUAAAGUUUUUAACUAUUGGUUUGACAGAAAAGUUAUUUGAAGACUUUAAACUUUAAGAAAUUGUGAUGCAUGUAAUUUUUUACUAGCGGUUAAUCUGUUCUACAAGUCAAAGAAAUGAAAAGAUACUAAAUUAAUUGUUGUUACUUAAAGCCCCAGUAAAGUUAUUUAGUGGUCAUUAUUCCACAACAGCGACAUCACCCCUGUUUGUACAGCGUUACCCGGUCAGACCAGAAACUGCAGCUUCACUCUCAUAAGUUCCUGUGGAUGUUUGAUUUUUUUUUUUCUUUUUUUCUUUUUUUUUUUAUUAAAUCAACCGUGACAUUUUGUCGCCUUUUCAAAUCCAUCCAAACUGACCACAACUGCUGCUGUUUGUAUUUUAGAUUUUGCUUCUUCACAAACAUUAUACAGUCAUAUUGAAGUCCUCAGGAGGAGCAUAUGAUUUGAUUUUGGAUUCACUUGGGAUGUAACUGGAGCCAUUAGUUUGGGGUGUUUAACCAAAUAAUAAACAUAAUAAUUAUAAAUAUUAGCUGUGACUGAGUAUAUAAAUCCCUCCAUCCUUUAACUAUCAGGUGUCUUUCCCCUUGUCUUUAAUUAAACUGCAUUAUUUAACUUGUAGAUGUGGAGUGAAAGAUCUUUUUAAACUCUUCGAUUUCACUCAUUUUAUCAGUGUUUUUUUUUUUU